AGACUCGAUCGUCUGCUCGCUCGCUCGUCAAAAGCAGAGACGAGGGCGCACUCCGUCGCCGCCCUCCUGCGGCUCCGGUUGUCUUCACUCGCCCCCUCCUUCUCCGCCGUAGCCGUCUCCUGCUCGCUCCGCCGUCGCGCUCUCCUGCUCGCCUCCGCCGUCGCGCUCUCCUACGCCGCCGCCUGGACCGCCUCUGCUCUUGCCCCCUCGCUCCUCGAAGGGGAGAGUCAGAGAGAGACAGAGAGCCAGAGGGGGCGUAUCUUCCUACAUCAACAAUGGUGGAUAGCGAUGAUAGUUUUGAGUGGGAAAGUGAUGGUGACGCUGAACCCUCAUCAGCCCCGGCCUUGAGGAACAUGGAUGCUGCUGGUCCAUCAACUUUGGUACACCAGGAUAGCGAUGAUAGUUUUGAGUGGGAAAGUGAUGGUGACGCUGAACCCUCAUCAGCCCCGGCCUUGAGGAACAUGGAUGCUGCUGGUCCAUCAACUUUGGUACACCAGGAUCCUAAUGGGCGGGCUAAUGGGGAAGCACCACCUAAUUCUUUAGUUGAGGGAUAUGUGGGAAUGGGUUUCACAAUAGAGAUGGUCGUGAAGGGCAUUAAACAGAUUGGGUACAGUGAUUCAAAUGCAUUGCUUGAGCUACUUCUCACAUAUAAGGCAAUUGGAGAUGAGGCUGCGGGUAAUUGCUCUACUUCUGGUCUCAUCUCCCAGAGUGUUGAAGAUGAUGAUGAUUUUGAUUUUGAAAACUGGGAUGGAGAUGACGAUGCUGAUGGGAGAGAACCCAACUCUGAUGAUUCUGGUCAUGAGGAUUUUCCACAAGAGAUGUCAGAGAAGGACAACAAGAUAAAGUCCUUAGUAAACAUGGGUUUUGCUGAAGAUGAAGCAAAUAGGGCUAUUACCAGAUGUGGUGUGGAUGCCUCUGUGUGUCUAUUAGUCGAUUCGAUCUAUGCAUCCCAAGCUGCAGGAAAUUGUAGUUAUAUGAAUCAAUCUGAAUAUGAGGUUACUGAUAGGGGCUUUGAUUCCUUUGGAGUGAGAAAGAAAGCAAGAUUGAUGGAGGAGAGCAAGAAAAAAAUGAAACAUUAUGGAAGUGGAGCACAAGGAAGUCGCUCCUCCUUGGAUGGUAACCAUGGUGAACUAAUGUGGCUCCCACAUCCGAUGGUUGGAUUCAACCUACCUACUGAUAGGCUACGGUCAGUGACAAGAAGUCUUCCUAAACAAGCUAGUGGCCCACCUUACUUCUACUAUGAAAAUAUGGCUAGAGCUCCAAAAAAUGUAUGGAAGGAAAUUUCCAGAUCCCUGUAUGACAUAGAACCUGAGUUUGUGGAUUCUAGAUUCUUCUGUGCAGCUGCUCGGGAAAGUGGCUAUGUCCAUAAUUUGCCGAUUGAGAAAAGGUCACCUCUCCGUCCUCUCCCUCCAAAGACCAUAUUUGAGGCCUUUCCUCAUUAUAAGAAGUGGUGGCCUACCUGGGACCACAGAGAGCAGCUCAAUUGCUUUGAGACCCGUGUGGCAAGUCCAAAACAGAUAAAAAAGAUCGAAUGUGCUCUUGUAAGGUCAAGUAAUCCACCACCUCUAACAGUUCAGAAGUAUGUAAUGGACCAGUGCAGAGAAUGGAACCUUGUUUGGGUUGGAAAGAACAAGGUUGCCCCUCUAGAGCAAGAUGAGAUGGAAUAUUUACACGGUUUUCCAAGAAACCAUACGAGAGGAGUGGCCAGUAGAAAGAGGUACAAGUGUCUUGGUGAUUCUUUCCAAGUUGAUACUGUCGGCUACCACUUGUCGGUGUUGAAGGACAUGUAUCCGAAUGGUGUUAAUGUGCUAUCCUUAUUCACCGGUAUUGGAGGAGGAGAGGUAGCUUUGCACAGGCUUGGAAUCCACAUGAAAACAGUGAUAUCUGUUGAGAUAAGUGAAGAUAACAGGAGGAUUCUGAGGGGUUGGUGGGAUCAGACACAAACUGGCACGCUAAUUGAGAUUGCUGAUGUGAAGUCUCUCACUAAUGAUAGAAUUGCAUCAUUUAUUGGUAGAUUUGGUCGAUUUGACUUGGUGAUAGGGGGCCUGGAGUGUGAGCAACCUGCUUUAUUCUACCACUAUUGUAGAAUCUUGAAAGCCGUCAAGUCAGCUACGGCAAGGAUGUAGCUGAAGCUAUUCCCGUAUCAGUCGAAAGGAUCUUGUUUCCUGGCCGUCAUUAUAUUUUCCGCUUCCAAAUUUUGUACGGUUGUUGGCCAAAAUUGGAGGAUAAAAUUGUGCUCUACAUCAGCUGCUUGGUCACAACUUGGACAGUUGAGCUUGACUGAAGACCAGCAGCUGCACAUGGCUGGAGUAGUUGGCCCAUGACAGGAGUUUGCACUGUUGUAUUUGGGCCAUGGCUGCUGUUUGUAUGAGAACAAAUGCAAGUAUUGGUUGCGAAUGAAUUGCUGAACAAAUGCAAGUAACAGUUCUGCAGAUUAUCCUAAUGUGUCCGUGUCAGCCUUGUUACCCAACUCUCGUUCAUCCAAAUACAACCGAUUUUCUUGCUCCGAUGGUCCAAGCAGAUGGCCAGUCAACAGAUCAGAACAUGAGCUUUACGUGUCAUGGUUUAUGCAGAUUGUCCCAAUGUAUCCAGUGUCAGCCUUGUGAUAUUUUUAUCUGGCUAUCUUCAGUACAAGCCACAGGAUCCCGUUAUUCGC